AUGAUGCGAUGGGUGGAGCACGCCUCCACCAUGGCCUCGGGCGACCCGCCUUCCGCUAGAAGGUGCUGCCGCUCUCGCCCCGCCGCUCUCGCCCCGCCGCUCUCACAAAGCCGCUCUCGCCCCGCCGCUCUCGCAAAGCCGUUCUCGCCCCGCAGCCCUACCCCUUCGGCCUCCGGGCACGUGGCGGUGCUGGUGAAGCGGUGCAAGCUGGUGCUGUUCGGUGGGCUGCGGGACAAGGACUUCCUGGACGAUGUCAUCGUGCUCGACACAGUGACGAACGAGUGGACUCGCCCCGUGCAGGCGGGGCACGGCGACCAAGCAGGCAAGGGCGGCACAGCGGAGGAGGCAGCUGGGCAGGGAGAUGGUGCCGGUGGGGGGGUAGGAGAGGGGGGGGAAGGGGAGGAGCUGAGGGGAGGUGAGGAAGAGUGGGAGGGCGGGGUGCGGCCGUGUGCACGGGCGUUCCAUGCAGCUGCUGCCAUCGAGGGCGGCAACAUGUUUGUGUUCGGUGGUCGCUCAGGCAAGAAGAGGUGCGCUCUCACCUCCGCGCUUUGCAGAGUGGCGACUGUUUGUGAUUCACAGGUGGUGGUGUG